AUCCAUAGAGACCACCCCCAACCCACGGCCAUGGCGGUUCUCGUCCCGAUCGACGGCGACGGCGACGGAGAGGGAGAGGGAGGUAGAGCCAAGGCCGUCACCGACCCCGCCCCGGCCCCCGUUCCCGCUCCCAUGGACAUCGACGGCGAUCGCGGCGCACUCGACGUCCUCGCCCCCCGCCCCCAUGGCCAUGGACCUCGACCGCGACCGCGGCCGCGACCGGGACGGAUACGGCGACGGAGCGGCGCUCGUCGCCUCCACCAGCAACGGGCGCGGGCGGGGCCGCGGCCACCUCAACGAUCUCCCCGAGGACAUCCUCGCCGUCAUUUUGCGCCGCCUCUUGGACACCCGCGCCGCCGCCAGGACCAGCUUUGCUGUCCCGCCGCUGGCGCCACGUCUGGAAAUGGGUGUCCGGCCUCUUCUUGCAUCACUACCAGCCCCACGACUCCAGCAUCGUGCGCGCCGCCCUCGCCGCCCACGCCGUGCACGCGGUCACCAACAUCAACAAGCUCUACGUCGUCUGCCUCCGCAGCGCCACGCCGGACGCCACCGCCUCCUGGAUCCGCGUCGCCGCGCCCCUCAUCUCCGGAGAGCUCGCCUUCUGCAACAGGGCCUCGGUUCCGUUCCACAUGCUCUUCGACGAGGUAUUCAGCGAUCCAAUCGAAGAAAGAGGCGCGCUCGAGCUCCCCUGCUUCACGAGAGCCACCAAGAUAGCGCUGCGCCUGGGGUUUCUUGGCCUAUCGCUGCCGCCGUCGGGCGUCUUCGCCGCGCUCAGGGAGCUGCGCCUUUCGUUUGUCCGGUUCCAUGGCGAACUCACCCUGGACGAUACUGUGAUGCCGUUCUUGGAAGGGCUAGAGAUCUACAGUGCCCGUGUCUUGGCCUCCCUGACGCUCAGGCUGAAGCAUCUCAACUGGAUGAAUCUGUCCGCUGUGCGGGGAUUGCUUCGGCUCAAUGCCGUGGUGCCGAGACUCAAGUUCUUGACUGUAUCCUGUUGCUUCUGUUCUUCGACAUGGCUGGUUGCAAUGGCGGGCGUCUGCAUUGUUGCAGAGGAGCUGCAGGUGCUCAGGUGGCUAGAUUGGUACUGUCCAAGAUUGAUCAAGUUCAGCCAGAUGCCGCGCCUCUAUGUGCUAAGCGUCUCCCCAUUUUAUCCUUAUGGACGGCAUCGUCAGCAUACUAAAUUCAAUCCGAGCUGUGACAGGCUUCUCAAGACAUUUUCACGCAUUCGUUGUCUCGAGAUGUUGGUUUUCAUCGAACCACACCUAGGUGGCGUUAAUCCAUUGAUGGAAGGCAUAACCAGACUCCCUGACAUUAGGUUCUUGCACCUACAAUUCUCAGCACAUGGGCAUGUUUAUGGAGCUAGUGUGUUGUAUAUGCUGACAAUGUGUACUGGUAUAUCAAACCUAAAAAUCGGAGGAGAUCGUUACAAGGAUCAAGAUGUGUGUCCACCGAACUGCAGCUGUGAUCGGCCACCGAACUGGAGAGAUAAUAAGGACAUUUCGAUGAGGUCUCUAAGAGAAGUGCAGAUGCUCAACUUCAGAGGAAAGGAACAUGAGCUUGACCUUCUGAGGGUCUUAGUCAGGGUAGCAACAGGCAUUAGGAGGAUCAGAAUAACCUGCCAUCGUUCGUUCGCUGCUUGGGAGAGACUGUCUGCAGUCAUACGAAGUUUUGCAAGACCAGAGACUUCUGUGGAAGUGAGUCAAGCCCCUCCCUCUUUGCAGCGACAGUGAACUGAGAAGUAAGAAGAAGCUUUGUUAAAAAAAGAAGAAGAAGAAGCAGCUUUGUUGGCUGCCGACCCUUGAUGUACCUGGCAUGUUUUGGCCCGAUUGUGCUGUAAAGAAAGGAACAGAGAAACUGAUCUAGCUGCGGCCAAUUUUGCUGCCAUUGUAGUUUGUCCUCAUGAACAAUUCUUAGCAUUUGACAUUCUGGAAUGCCUUUUGUUAGUAUGGUGCAGGGUGCACUUGUUGCUUAGUUUGGUCAGAACUGAAAACUGAUGAAGUAAAGUGUGAGCUGGACCUUUGGUGCA